AUGUCUUGUCUGGGCUCCGCUCAAAGUCGUUAUCGAUGCAGGCUUGAUGCUCGGCAUCUGGAACAUAAACGAGGCUGGCGGUGCCGGUUGCGGAAGCUGUGGCGGAAGCGACCAAGACGCAGUCGCUCGUCCAUGACAACGACGUGUAGAGAGAGCCGCCUGCAACCACGUUCCGAUUGGCUGAGGCUCCGACGUAGACGCGCUCGUGCUGCAGAACUGCGGAGCAAGUCACGCCGCGCGGACAGGGCCCAGUUCAGUGGCACAGGUGUGUCCGCUCGCUAUACCGAGCGCCUCUGCACGACCUCGGAGCGCCAACGCGGAACCACGCAGCCACAGAAGCACGCGCCAGCGCAGUCUGUGGGGAACUGCGCUCCCGAGCUCGUACCUCUCCCCAAGGCUUUAUCAGAAGAUCACGUCCGCUCGCACGCCGAGCAGCGAUCCCAGCCCGGUGCCUGGGCAAGACCUCCACCGGUGCCGUGGCAGCCCUGGGCUUCCACGGGCGUUGCCUGGAACCCAGUUGGUGCGGCUCCGCGACACCGGCACACCCGGCAUCGAACAAGAACUUUAUCCCUCAGCUCACCAGAUGAUCUGCUCGAGAGAACGACGUAUAUUGCAGCCCCGAUCGAGUCCUGA